UCUUCCUUGCCAAGCCCUAGAGACGAUACACAGGGUAGAGGUCAUGUUUCGCCACCUCAAGCUCCAACCCAAACCCUUAAUAAACCUCUCAUCUAGAUCUUUUCCAUGCUCCAGAUCGUCCUCAUCCUCCUCAUCGCCCCCUCCUCCACAGGACCAUGAUUCAUUGGACGCAGGCGAGCCUCCUACGCCUGAUCGCACUGGCGCUGGUGAAUCUUCCCCUCCAUCUCCUCCAUCUCCUCCAUCCUACUCUUCAUUCUUUAGCGACAUCAAGGAGCGGCUUAAGUCUCCUCCAUCGCCGCCUCGCCGCAUUCCUAAAGAUCCUCCGCCUCCCGCUGCAUUCUCCGCUGCCGGUAAGUCCCCGCCGGCCGCUUCCCUUGAAGAGAUUCGGAAGCAUCUCGCUGAGUUCCGGCUCAAGUCAGGCGGCUCUACCUCCACCGACCGCCCAUCCUCUGGCGCCCCUCUCUCCUUCCAGGAUCUUCUCAAGAACAACGUUUUUGGAAAGCCCAGUUCCAGUGCCGGUGCCACUGGGCCCGAUGCUGGAAGGGAACUUCCCUUCGAUUCGAUUAGGGAGAGCCUCAAGAAAUUCCGGGCUUCAUCUCGUGAAAAUGAAGGCCAAGCACGGAGCUCCAGCUUCAACAUCAGGGCUUUCCAGCAUGGCGUGAGAGAGGGGCUUGUAGACGGUGGGAGGGGGCCUCAACUCAUCGGUACUGACAAGCUACCGGAUUCGAUAUUUGGGAAGGAAAGGAGAGAGAAGAAGGGGGAAGGAGAAGAGGGGGAACCGAAAGUUCCGAGGACGGAGUUUGUGAAGAUGUAUGGUUAUGAAGAGCUUGGGGAGAAGUUGCAGAGGCUGAGGCCGGUAAAGGAUGGAAAAAAAGGUGAGUGGUUCUCGCUUACUGAAUUGAAUGAGAGGCUUGCAAAGCUUAGGGAGUUGGAGGAAAAGGAGACGGAAUCGAAGAUGGGUGGACUAUCAUUUAGAGAUAUCAGGGAGAGCCUUGAAAGGCUCAAGGAUUCAAAUGCCACGAAAAAGGCAAAUAUGCAAAGGUUCUCUUUAUUUGCCAACUUGGGUCGUCAAGGAAAGCCAACUUUCAUGCUUAAUCCCCCGCAAGAGCACCUUCUAGAAAAUUAUUUUCAUCCAGAUCAUAUGUCUUCAGGUGAGAAGUUGAAGUUGGAACUAAAGAGUGUUAGAGAUGAAUUUAAGAUGUCAGAGAAUGAUUGUGGAUCUACACGAGUACAAG